AUUGUCGUUCACAUUAUGAUAGAUUUCCUCAUAGCUUGCAAUGCAGUAGAAAGAGUCUGGCUAAAUAGUUUCACUACAGUAGCAUCAACCAGCCUAUGUAACUAUGCGCUUAAACGUGCAUCAACAUAUACUCUUAUUAUCAGUUUUGGUUUACAGUGACCUUUGUUUCAAAUGCUCGUUUGAUUCAUCCUGUGAGUGUGUCUUAAACACAACAACAAAUCUUAUGUCAGCAAAAUGCUCCGAUAGAGGUCUGUUAGCUCUUCCAAAUUUUGGCAACAUAUCGCAUCUUUUGGAUUCAUUUGAUGGAAGCCAUAACAAAAUCGAGUGUAUACCAAAUUAUAUUUUUGGAAAUGCCAAAAGCGUAAUUAAGCUGGAUUUAUCUUAUAACAACAUAUCAUUAAUAUUACCAGAAUCCUUCAAUGGACUUGAACAACUCGUGACUUUAGACCUCGAAUGGAAUAACGUACUGUAUGAUGUCAAAUUCAUUCAUCCGAACUGUUUCAAAAAUACUCCUCAACUAAGAUACCUUAACCUAAAAAAUAACGUAGGUUUUUAUCCAUCUGCCCAAAAAUAUCCAAAUUUGUCGUCACUCGCUGAACUUGAAACUCUCAAAUUAGAUGGAUUACCACAUGAUAGUUUUCAACGUGGAUAUGAAAAACUAAGUAAACUAGCAGACUUGGAUUUGUCGAGUAAGGAUUGUGACAUUGGAAUCAUAGAUUCAAAGUUUUUCCAAUCCCUUUUAAAUCUUCAGUAUAUUGAUAUUUCAAACUGUUCAGUGGUAAAAGUUUGGAAAAAUUGCUUAAGACAUUUGAAAAAUCUGACACAUCUUAACGUUUCUUAUAAUGAGAAGUUGAAUUUCGCAGGUGUCGAAAAUAUAACUUAUGACUUACAGUUCACUUCCAUUGAGGUACUAAAAUUCAACAAAGUACAUAAAACAUUCGAGAUGAACACAGAAAUAGGUCGCAAAACAUUGAAAUAUCUUCAGAAUACGAAUUUAAAAGAGAUGUACAUGGAUAGUAACAGAUUACAAUAUGUUAAAAGUGGGGUAAUUUCGAUAUUGCCGAAAACCCUUGACAGACUGUCAAUGGCAGAUAACAUGCUCUCUUUUGGGACUUAUAUUUUGGAAGGAAAAAACAUGAACAUUUCUUUUAUGAACGUGUCAUUUCAGUUUACUUCACAUACACCUUCGUUGGGAUCCUUUGAGUCCAUCAACAGAUAUAUAUCGCAGCACAGAACGCACCGUAUAAAAAGAGACGUUGGAAUUAAUUUUCCUCUUCCGUUCCCAAAAAAUAUUCGUGAACUCCACUUUAGGAGAAGUCAAUUACAAUUUGAUAUUCCGAGGUUGGAACUAAUGGAAAAUAAGCUGGAAUAUUUUGAUGUAAGUCUUAACCUUCUUGCAAACUGGUGGGGACCAACAGUGAAUUUCAUUCACCUGAAAUUUUUGAAUUUAUCCAGUAAUUAUUGCUCUAAUAUAUCAUCGUAUUUUUUUAAAGGAACGACAAAACUGGAAACAUUAUACAUACAAAAUAAUUUGCUAGGAUUCAACAUUCCAUCUGAUGUAAAAGGCGAAAUUUUAAAGCCGCUUCAACAUUUAAAAACUAUUGACCUAUCGCAGAACAGAAUACCUGAACUCCCGUCUUUGUUUUUCAUAUUUCUGAAACAACUCGAAAUAUUGAAUUUACGUGACAAUCUAAUUGAAGAUAUUGACUUCAAAUUGAUUCAAAUGAAAAACUUAUCCCAUGUCGAUUUAUCUAAAAAUCGAAUACAACUUUUGGGAUCUGCAGCGAUUAAUAACUUGGAAUCCUUGGCGGACGAUCGCAAGUUUUCCUUGAAUUUAAAAGGAAAUCCGUUUGUUUGUUCGUGUGCCUCAUUGAAAUUCCUAAAAUGGAUAUCGCAAACGAAAAUCCUGUUACUUGAUCGCAGAAAAUACGAAUGCAAGUACGAAAACGGAACAAAAGCUUCACUUGCAAACGUCAACAAUAUAAUAAACAAAUUGGAAAAGGACUGUUCUUCGUAUCCAGGAGUCAUCAUAGGUAUCACUGGCACGAUAUUUUUGUCUGUUUCAAUUAUUCUGUUUGGACUAUUCUACAGAUAUCGAUGGAACCUCCGUUAUUUGUAUUAUAUGACUAAAAAUAGAUUCCGUGGAUAUGUUCCUGUCAUAGAGAAUUCAAACAAAUCAUACCUCUACGACGCUUUCAUAUCUUACGCAGAACAAGAUGGUAAUUUUGUUCACCAUGAUGUAAUUGACAAUCUAGAGAAAGAAGGCAACCUAAAGCUCUGUGUCCACAGACGUGAUUUCCUUCCUGGAAAUGAGAUUUCAGCAAACAUAACGAGUGCUAUCCAUAACAGCCGUAAAACGGUAAUCAUUCUGACUCGCCAUUACUUAAAUUCUCAGUGGUGCAUGUUUGAAUUCAAUAUGGCAAGAAUGGAAAGUAUGUACUCGCGAGAAAUUGGGAAAACACUUUUUCUGGUUUUUCUGACCAGCAUUCUCCCAAAGGAACUCCCCUUGGUUCUGAUGGAAUACAUUCAUUCUAACUCUUAUAUAGAAUAUCCUGGUGACGAAUAUGGGAACGUUGUUUUCUGGCAAAAAAUGAAAGAGGCUGUACGUGCCUGAUUUGAUAUUAAAAUAAAAUAUACUGUAAACAUAUUUCUUAUUAUAAGAUGUUCAAAUUGAAUGAAGCUGUAUGAGUUCUAUGAACUAUAAAUAAGUGAAUAUAUUUCUUAUUAAAAGUGGUCAAAUUGAAUAAAGCUAUAUAAGUUCUAUGAAUUGUAAUUAAAGACUUCUGCAGAAGAUCGAAAAUAAAACAGUAAAGUUACCUUCCGUUUAACAAAAAUGUAUGUGUGUUAUCUCAUCACAUUUAAGAUCAUGAUCAUCAUCAUGUGUUGUACGUUGUUGUUUGUCUUUGUUUGCAUGGCUGUUUUGGGGAAGGAGACGGUUGUUGAUGUGGUGUUGUUACAAAAUGAAUACUGUGUGAUAUUGUUGGCGAUUCCUGGUUUCCUUAUGCGUGUAUUGUCACUUGUAUUUUUUUUCCAUCUUUUCAGCAUGUGAAUAUAUACAAAAAGUAUGCAGCGUUCCCUUCUUAAUACCUGCUUUUACUUUUAUCAUAAUACUAUUUUUUUUUAUUAGGCAUAUAGUCACACAUAAACAAAUUUAUCGCUUUCUUUUUUUUUUUAUGUAUAAUGGAAUACGAGUAUUCUUUAUUUUGUUUUGUAGUAUUGUUACAUUUUUGUCUGGUAUCAGCUCUAAUGUUUGUGAAUUAAAACUAUAACAGUUCU